AUGACCCCUGCCGCACAGUUUCCCCUGUAUGAGAGGUUCACCACUCAGACCAAACUCAUCGCCCUGCGCAUUUGGAAGCGCGAGUUCCUAGAAUCGUUUGCGGCUUUCCUCCAAUCUCAGAGAUACCGCCAACUCACAGCUGUGUUUCCCCUCACCCGCCUCAUUCCACAUGACAUCGACUGGCCAGACCGAAUCAGCCUCCAACUCGAAAACUCCAUGGUUCAAGAGUACAUAUACACGUCUAGUAUUCGCCUUGGCAUCAUGGGGGCAAAAGCACGAGAUGAGUUCGUUAAUGAGCCCCUGGAAAAGGACAUGGUCAACAGCCCAACCAAGCUCGGCAUGACGCUUCUCCAGCUGACAGUUCGUCGAAACGACCUGGGAAUGGCUUCUCUGCUCCUGGAGACUCUGAGCGCAGACACCGAAGCAUACGGGUUGACACCGCGUUGUUCCCCUCUCUGGUUGUCCUGCUACCUCGGCCAUGCAGACAUGGCCAUCCUGCUCAUCGGCCACGGCGCCGACCUGACCUGCUCCGACUCUGUGCAGGAACUCACGAUCCUGAACCUGCUAACGCAGCUCACCACUAAAGACGCUGUGAUCGGUAUUGGCUGCUCAGCGCUCGCGGCCGGCGUCGAUAUCAACGCCCGCUCAUAA